GUUGCAUACGCUCUUUUCUUCUUUGUAAGGAAUGUUUUCUUCGAUUACACUCACACCUUACAAAGAAAUUUGUAAUUUAACCCACCCGUGCCCAGCACUGCACCAUAAACUCCCUCCCUCCCUCUUUUGUCCCUCUUUUGUCACACCUCCUGCACUAUAUAUACACAAUAUAUACUUCCCAACAGUCACUUUCAAGUGCAAACACUCUUCUAAAGCGAUGGCAUCCAACUCUAUCUUUCGACUCCAGCUGAAUGAUGGAAACAAGAUUCCAAUUAUAGGCUUUGGUACCUACGCUCCAGAAUAUAUUCCAGUAGCUGAAAGCGAGGUGGCCACAAAGAUUGCUAUUGAAGCCGGUUUCCGUCACAUUGAUGGGGCAUACUUAUACAUCAAUGAGAAAGAGGUAGGGCAGGCGAUUCAAGAAAAGAUUAAAGAUGGAACCGUAAAAAGAGAAGACUUGUUCUACACUGGGAAGUUGUGGUCGACUUUUCAUACUCCAGAUUUGAUUCAAUCACAUCUAAAACAGUCCCUUGAGACUCUCCAACUAGAAUACAUGGAUCUCUACCUCAUCCACUGUCCCAUUAGCUUAAGGCCUGGUGCAGAUCUUAUUCCUAUGGAUGAAAAUGGGAAAGUUCUAUUUGACACAAGUACAGAUCUGUGUGCAAUUUGGGAAGCUCUAGAGCAGUGUAAAGAUAAUGGUCUGGUAAAGUCUAUUGGAGUUUCUAACUUUAAUCGCAGACAACUGGAGCUGAUUCUCAACAAGCCAGGACUGAAGUACAAGCCGGUCUGUAAUCAGGUGGAAUGUCACCCAUACAUCAACCAGAGCAAACUGCUAGAAUUCUGCAAGUCACAUGACAUCCUGCUGGCUGGUUACAGUGUCCUGGGUUCACACAGACACAAGGACUGGGUAGAUCAGAACUCUCCGGUGCUACUUGAAGACCCAGUACUGGUAUCAAUAGCAAAAAAGUACAACAAGACCCCAGCUCAUGUUGCUCUCCGCUACCAAAUCCAGAGAGGGGUUAUAGUAAUUUCAAAAAGUUAUAAUCCAGAGCGAAUUAAAGAUAACAUCAAGGUCUUUGAUUUCGAGCUAUCCACAGAAGAUAUGAAGGCAAUUGAUGGACUCAAUCGAAAUUUGCGAUACUUGGAAAUGCCAGUGUUUGGAUCGCAUCCCCAGUAUCCAUUCGUUGACGAAUACUAAAUACUAAACACAAAUUGUAAUAUAUGAUAUUGAAAUGAUAUUGAAAUAAGUCAUAAUCGUUGGUGCUGGAAAGGACAACAAUGCUAUUCUAUUCAAUUUGGAUAUAUAUUUUUUUAAUUCAAAAAUCGUUUUAAUAAAUGUCUUAGUAAUCA